UCAAACUGUUUCAUGUAUGCAAAUCUGAACGCCACACGUUCGCAUUAUCAUAUCGUCGGUUUUAUCCAAUGUAAAUGAACAACUUUUAAACUCCCAGCUGUGUAUUGUCAGGAAGUGUUUGGCAGUUACUUCUCCACUGGUCUGAAAAAUACCGCCUGAAAAUGGCUUCCAGCGAGUAUAAGGAUACGGAUUUUUAUGAUUACUGUUGUCCGGUCUGUUUAGAAGAGUUUCAAGAUCCGAAAGUUCUGCCUACUUGCAAUCACAACGUAUGUCGACAGUGUCUAAAAAAUAUUAUAAUGCGAGCGAAACCGGCCUACAUACAAUGCCCUACGUGUCGACAAAAAUCUUUUAUUCGUGAGGAUGACCUUGAUGAUUUACAGACAAACGUGUUCCUGGUGAAACUUUUACAACAAACCGAGCCGCAAAAAGAACGCGAGAAGCUUUCCAAGGGGAUUCAAGCAUGCGUAACAAAGGUGGAAAUUUUGGAUGAAUUGAUGAAGGAACUAAAAUUGAGUCGACAAAGAAAAUUCGAACAUGGAGAGUCUAUAAAAGAAGAAAUUCACAAAAUGGCUGAUGAGAUUGUCAGAAAGACAAGGCUAAGCGAAACAGAGUUGAUCAGCAGAGUGGAAGAGUUUAUCUCUCAACAAGACAGCGUCUUCAGCCGCCUUGAAGAAAAUACGGAAGCUUUCAAACAGAGGGUACAAGCUCACGUUAAUGUUUCUUUGAACACUUACGAUGGGAAGAACGAUGGGGAAAUUUCAAAGAUGAAAACCACUCUAGCUUCCUUGGCGCACAAUAGCCCAGAGGACAAAUUAUACAAAGAGAUGAACGAGUUAAAUUCAUUUGCUGCUUCAUUUGACGCAAACAAAGAUUUUCUGCAAAGGAUGGAAAGUCAGGGCAUCGGCGAAUUAUCCAUGAGUGAUCCGAGCGGAGUGAAAAUUGGAAUCUCUACCCCUCUGCAGUUCAUGAGAGUAUCACUCACAACACUGCGUAAGAUCACUGCUUCAAACUUUGGCUUCGAGUCAUUUUCACCCUUAAGCAUCACGACAGAUGGUCUCAAGCAGGUGGCUGUAGCUGAUCCAGAGAACAACAAUAUUCUGAUUUUGAAUCGAAAUGGUGAUUUCGUGAAUAGAUUUACAUCUCCAGCGAACUCUCCCCAGCCUGCCAUGAUGUUUUCAGGUGUUGCUUUUUCCAAGGACAAAAAAGACUUGAUCACCGUCAACGGUGCUCGUGACGUACAUCUUAUUAACCCAAUUGACGGAACCUUUAAAGUGAGUUACAGAAGUAGCUCACAGUGGGGUGUCAAAUACUGUUUUGUUUCAACUGAUCGGUAUGGACGAUUUUUACUCACAUGCGAACCCUUGGCGAAACAAUACCGAGCGUGCAUCAUCGUACACUCGGAUACGCCUUUCGGAAAACCCGAUUUGAGGUUCGGGUUCUCAGGCGAAGGGGCUUUGUUGUUCCCUUUCAAAGUCCUUUACCAUGACAAGCAUUACUUUGUGACAGACAUGGAAAAAGGCUGCAUUAUGGUUUACAACGAGUAUGGCGAUUUUCUUCGGCAUUUUGGGAGUAAAGACGACGAAAUUAAUGGCAAUGGUCGUCUGGUUUUACCGACAGGAAUGACUUUUGAUCCAAGAGAGGGAAUAUUGUUAGUGUGUGACUGGGGAUCUAGUUCUAUUCAAACGUACAAACCCGACGGAACUUUUCUCGAGGCAUUCCCCAUCGAUGGACGCCCCACGGAUAUAGCCCUGUUCUCCGAUGGCACCCUCGUGGUUUCCUCAAAAGACGAUCAAUGGAUUCAGUUUAUGUCGAUAUCAACACUCGGGGUGUUUAACGAUGAGGAAGUGGGUAGGAAAUGAAUUUGCCUAUGAAUCCCUAGUUAUUAAUCAACAAAUGGCAAAUUUCAUGAAUGUCACACAUUGACCAGGACAAAAUUUCUGCCGCUUUGUUUACGUCUUUCAGUUGAGGACGAAAUGAAAUAAGAAGCAAGUUCUCACCAUGAACGAUAAACCUUGUUGGACUUUAUCUCCCCUCACUCUGACCACUUACAUUCAUCCUCGUUGUCUCAUAACUGCAAAUUAUUACAGGAUGUGAAGCGCAUUUCGAUUGUAAAACCAAAACCAAAGUAAUCACUUCAACCAAUCGGAAUAAAUUAUCACAAAGAGCCCCAGUAGAACUCAAAAUAAAACACGAUAACACGAGUUACCAAGCCACCAUUGGUUUAUAUCUUGAAUCUGAUUAAUUAAGAAAGUGGCGCGAGUUUCCUGGAGCAACACUUACACUAAACACACACUUGAAAUUGCUUUAAUAGAGAGGUUUCACAAAGUAAUCCUAGUAACCAAACAGAACUAAGAUUAACUUUUUCAAUCGCCAAUGAAAACUCAAAGUGGAACAAGCAAAGUGCUUCAAGCGCAGGAACACUCAAAUGACCGAGUUUGAUUGUUUUUAGUGUCUAACACGAUUUCCACUGGUCGACUAUUUUAUAAUUUGAGUGGAAGAUAACAAAGACGCUAAUAAGAGGAUCUCAAAGGGGUGAAGACUUUUAAAGCAAACUGUUCAAUUUUGUCCGUUUUAUGCCUAACGGUUAACACCACUGAGACCCUCAUAUAAGGCGGGAGGGUCGAAAGGAGGGCGUGGCUAAUUCGACAGGUCUGUGUUACGUUCGAGUAAAUAAGCAAGCCUCUUAUAGUAAUUUACAACGUUUAUUUCCCAGAAGAGAUUCAGCUAAAAAAACUGAACGGUGAAUGACUCCUCUAAUGCGGAGUAUAUAAAACUACGUUCCAUUGAGAAGUUAAGCUAUAAAAUCAAGUCUUCCAACGAAUUCUGCUGAUUUUUUGGCAUUUCAUGAGGUUCACUCGGUAUCUAAGAAGUGUCAGCCAGCACGAUAUCCAAGUAGUUCACCUGGAGUCAUGAUUGUCACUUCCGGUCCUAAAUUUUUGAAAUGUUUGUCUAAAGUAAAGGGAAGCUUAAUCAG